UACAAAAAGAGAACGCAAUACUUUAACGAAAAUAUGUUUACUUUCAUGCCGUUUCUUUCGUGGCCAACUUUGAACAGCUGAGAGCGCAGGCAUAAAAAGAGAAACACCGCUAACGUCAGCUGUGCGGGUGGGCAGCAAUAUGUGAAAAGUGGGUGUGUUAGUUGGAAAAAGCAAGAAAACUCAAAAACGCAUAACUCAAAUAAGAACAAAAAAUAACCAUGUACAGUGUGUAGUCACAACAGCUCACAAUGGCCAAGAUUACAGGUCUGAGCCAGACACUUGCAACCGGCGGCGGCCGUCUGGCGAGUACCAAGAAGCUCGUCCUGUGGUCUGUGGUGCUGGUUCAGGUGUGUUUCAUUGGCUGCAUUUGGCUGCUGCAGGCUAAUCAUAGCCAGCUGCAGCUGCAGUCAGGCAGCAACAACAACAACAACAACAGAUUGGAGCUGGAGCAGGGCCGUGUGCAUUUCGUGCGGCAGGCAAGCAACGCAAAAAAAGCGCAGAACCAAAACGGGACGCCGCAUUGUCCGCAGAGCGAGAACAUUAAUCGGUAUCAGCAGGAUUUCUUUCAAUUGAAAACCGAUCAAUUGAAUCGCUCUGCAGACUAUCCCAUGCCGGCAUAUAUGGAUCUGGGGCUAACGUCAACGCUGUGGUGCUACGCCGAAGGCACACUAAACGAAUCCCGGCAGGCAGGACGAAACAACGUGGACUAUUUAAUGUCGCAGCCGCAGUGUCCGUGUGCCAGCGGCUGGCAUGGUCGUGACUGUGGGCAACCGGAAAUUAUAUGGCGUGCCCUGAUGACGCACAGUCGCGCCAGCAGACGUGGCGGCAAUGAGGCGCCGCUGAAGCUGCACGAGGCGAGCAGCACAACAUUAAAGCGACUUUACUAUAUGCUGAACCUGGGCGCCUGGGAGCACAUCAAUAUGGAGCUGUUGGAGUUGCAGCUGCGCACACUCAUCAAGGUUGUAGACUGUUUUCUCAUCUACUACCAAGUGAGAGACAGCAAAGACAGACUGACACGGCGCACACUCGUCCGCCAGUUGGACGCUCUGCCCAUUGCCAGUUACCUGCUGUAUCAGUGCGAGGGUCAGAGCCAUGGCAACUGCAGCGGCGCAACUGCCUACAGCUAUUUUCAUCACCAGCUGUGGACUCUGUGCGGUGUGCAAAUCCAGCCUAAGGAUUUGCUAUUGUUUGGCCAUGGGGAAACUGUUUAUGCGCCGGCUGCUUUGAAAUUUCUCAAAUACUUUGCGAGCGAUGUGCUGCCGUUGCGCUUCAGACUGAAGCAUAAUGUGUACGGGUUCUAUUGGCAACAUCCGCAGCGCACACGCCUGGACGGUGUCAUCAGCUCCCUGGUGCAUAUGCACAGCGUCCAAAUGGAUCCGCAACGACUGGAGCGUCAAGCGAGCUACACGCUGGGUGAUCUCAAUCACUAUGGCGGCUGGAGCUGUGAACUCUGCAUGCCGUCUGAACAGAUUGUUAACAUGCUGACAACCCGAGCAGCUGGCAGCCACAGUGACCCAACUAUACGAAUGCCCAACGAGACGCGUAGUUCACGGAUUGAUGCAGCCUACAUUCAGCAACUGAUGGGUGCGGGCAUGCUCUUGGAUGGACGCACGCAAUUGCUGCGACUGCGGCAACAGAGUGAAAAAUAUUAUGCGCCGGAGGCGGCGUUGCUUUACAGCAGUCAAUUUGGACAAUUGCUUGUCAAUUUGUAUGAUACGAAUGCGCUGGAUGAUGUGCAGGAGGAUGAAGACUAAGACUAACAUCUAUUGUCCUAUUCGGCUAGUUAUACUCGUAUAUAUAUAUGUAUAUGUGCCUGCUUUCCCAAUCAUCAAA